CCUAGCAGCACCGCCCACCUCGGAUACUCCGGCAUCUACAGCAGGCGCUACUCUUUGUAGCCAGCCGUUAGCCUUAGCAGCAAGCUAGUUUUAUAUUUGCAGGCGACAUGAUGGAAAGCAAUGAGGGAAUGGAGGUUGAUGGGUGGGACCCCACUCUGGAGGACGAGUUGGGAGUUUCGCUGGAUGAUCUGAAGAAAUGGAUUGACGAGGCUGUGGAGCAGAGUGAGGCUGUGCAGAAGAAAAAAGCGCAGUUGAUAGAGCUUGAGGAAUGGGUGGAGCAGAAAGAGAAAGAAGAGGCGAAGACAGAAAAACUUCUCAAUGAUGCAAGCCAGUCCAUAUUGGAGUGCGAGAAACUGGUGAAGGCAGCGUAUCGAAACAACGGUCUGGUCUAUCGGGAGAGCAGCUCGGAGGAUGAAGGAGGCGGAGGAAGAGGGCAGCCCUCUGAAGUCAUUGAGAUAGAUGAUGAUGAAGAUGAUGACGUCAUAGCAGUGGGAUGCUUGGUUCCCCCGUCAAAGACAUUAACGCCAACUAAAGACACAACGUUAAAAGAUGCCUCUGCAGUUCUCCAGAAAACCACCCAGCAGGUCCAGAAGUUGGUCCAAAUUGUCACCAAGCCUUCCAUUGGUUCUCCUUUAAUACGAACAGCAGUGCAGUCUGCAGCUCAACCAGGCGUUCAGAACUCCACACCAGCCAUAUUUGUAUCACAAGCGCCAUCCCAGACGAUGAUGCAGCCGAACCCCAACAUAAAAGAAGAUGAGCUCAAAGUGGGGAUGAACAUCCUGGGAAAGAAACGCACCAAGACAUGGCACAAAGGCUCCCUGGUUGCAAUAAACCCUGUUGGAAACGGUGUAUUUAAGUAUAAGGUGAGGUUUGAUAAAGGCAAGAGUUUGCUGUCUGGAAAUCAUGUGGCUUUUGACUACAAUCCCACCCUGGAGAGCCUGUAUGUUGGGGCUCGUGUAGUUGCCAAGUACAAAGACGGCAACUUGGUUUGGCUGUACGCUGGAAUCGUAGCAGAGAUGCCUAACAACAAGAACCGCAUGAGGUUUCUAAUCUUCUUUGAUGAUGGCUACGCUUCAUAUGUGAUCCUUCCUGAACUGUACCCAGUUUGCAGACCAUUAAAACGCACUUGGGAAGACAUAGAGGAUGCAUCUUGUCGGGACUUCAUCGAGGAGUACAUCUCUGCCUAUCCCAGCAGGCCGAUGGUGCUCCUAAAGGUCGGCCAGAUAAUCAAGACUGAGUGGGAGGGCACCUGGUGGAAGAGCAAAGUGGAGGAGGUGGACAGCAGCUUAGUCAAGAUUCUCUUUUUGGAUGAUAAAAGGAGCGAAUGGAUUUACAGAGGAUCCACCAGGCUUGAGCCCAUGUUCAAUCUAAAGCUGGCUUCUGCAAACACCCAUGAGAAGAAGCUAGCUGGCCACCAGAGGACAAGACCAAACAUGGGAGCAUUAAGGAGUAAAGGCCCAGUAGUCCAGUACACUGGUGUCGAACAUGUCGGAGCUUCUCCGACCAAACCGCAACAAACAACCCCCUGUCAGCCCCAAGCGACAACACUGAUUCAACAGCUUCAGCAACGUCCACAGCCCCAGCCGAUCCAGCAGGUCCAGCAGGCCCAGCAGACCCAACAGCUACAGCAGCCACAGACCCAACAAACCCCUCAGCCCUCACAACCUGUGCUGCUUCAACGUGUUGAAAAUAAACAUCAGAUGGCAAAGAAGAGCACCUCUCCUUUCAUCCCUGGUGUAGGAGGGACACAUGCCUCCAAGAUGUUGCAGGCUGCAUCCUCCAAUACCAGCAACCUCUCAACUGGGAAAGUCCUGAGCACCCCAGGUACCCCCUCAUCCUCCUUUACACCUUUGUAUCAGAGACAGACAGCCUCUCUGGUUUCUUCUCCUGUUGUUAUGCACGCAAUGGCCACCAUCCCUCAGCAGCCAUCCUACAGGGCCCCGACAGACCGAAUUUUCUACCUGGCACACACCUGUCAGCCCGCGUGUCUGAACCGCGUUCGACCAGCAAAAUCAGACUUGCACAGAGGAAAAAACCCCCUCCUCACUCCGCUGCUGUACGAUUUCAGACGUAUGACGGGACGACGCAAAGUCAACCGCAAGAUGUCUUUCCAUGUUAUCUACAAGGCUCCCUGUGGACUUUGCCUGCGUAACAUGGGGGAGAUCCAGAAUUACCUCUUCCAGACCCACUGUGACUUUAUAUUCUUAGAGAUGUUCUGUCUGGACCCAUAUGUGCUUGUGGACCGGCCUUUCCAGCCACAAAGGCCCUUCUAUUACAUUCCAGACAUCACUAGUGGAAAGGAGGACAUCCCUCUGUCCUGUGUCAAUGAGAUUGAUACUACUCCACCUCCUAAUGUAAAAUACAGCAAGGAGCGCAUCCCAGAAGAUGGAGUGUUUAUUAACACCAGUUCAGACUUCCUGGUUGGCUGUGAUUGUACAGACGGCUGUCAAGACAAAUCCAAAUGUUCCUGCCACCAGCUGACCCUCCAGGCUUCAGGGUGCACACCUGGGGGACAGAUCAACCAAAACGCAGGAUAUUCAUACAAGCGAUUAGAGGAGUGCCUGCCGACAGGGAUCUACGAGUGUAACAAAAGGUGCAAAUGUUCUGGUCACAUGUGCACAAACCGGCUGGUGCAGCACGGCUUGCAGGUCCGUCUGCAGCUCUUUAAGACCCAGAACAAAGGCUGGGGCAUUCGCUGUUUGGAUGAUAUAGCUAAGGGCUCAUUUGUCUGCAUUUAUGCUGGUAAAAUCCUGACAGAUGACUUUGCUGACAAAGAAGGUCUAGAGAUGGGUGACGAGUAUUUCGCUAAUCUGGACCACAUCGAGAGUGUGGAGAACUUCAAGGAAGGCUACGAGAGCGAGGCGCACUGUUCAGACAGUGAGGGAAGUGGCGUGGACUUGUCCAGAAUGAAAAUCCAGCCUUCCGCUUUAGUCUCGGGCAGCGCUGGGAGGAAGAAAGCCCAAAGCUCCAGCUCGCCAGACGACAGCAACGAAGAAGAGGAAAAAGAUUCAAAGAGUGAAGAUGAAAGCGACAGUUCAGACGAUACGUUCGUCAAGGACAACUAUUACACCCCUAGUUCUGUGUGGAGGAGUUACACUACACGUGGUCAGGCCAAGGGCAACAAAGAAGGGAGUCAGGACAGUAAAGAUGGAUUGAGUGUCUCAGCCAAAGGACAAGAUGAUGAAAAACCGCCUUCUAUGCCAGAGGAGACGGGGAAAAGCAAAGUGGCUUCCUGGUUAACAAGCCAGGGGCUGAAGAAGGAACCUGGAGACAACAAGAGUCAAAUAAAGACAGACCUAGUGAAGAAACAGGAAGUCAUGACACUCUCUGACAGCGAUGAUGUUCAAACAAUAAGCUCUGGAUCUGAAGACAACAAAGAGAGGGACAAAGCCAUCCCAGCUUCUGUAUCAGCUGUGACCAAGAAACAGGUGGCGGUGAAAUCCACUCGAGGCAUCGCCCUGAAGAACAGCCACAGUUUGACGGUGAAAACGGGUCCGUCCGGAGGAGGGGUCGGGCCGAGCACUCAGGGGGGAAAACCCGGACAGCAGGGGCAGCCUGGAGGAGGGGCAGAAAACGCUCCUAAAAACACCCGGCUGUUCUUCGACGGUGAGGAGUCCUGCUACAUCAUUGAUGCCAAGUUGGAGGGAAAUCUUGGACGAUACCUCAAUCACAGCUGCAGUCCUAACCUUUUCGUCCAGAACGUGUUUGUGGACACGCAUGACUUGAGAUUUCCCUGGGUGGCGUUCUUUGCCAGCAAGCGGAUCCGGGCCGGUACAGAACUGACCUGGGAUUAUAACUAUGAGGUGGGGAGCGUGGAAGGUAAAGAGCUGCUGUGCUGCUGCGGAUCCACAGAGUGCCGAGGGCGGCUGCUGUGAUCCAUCCGGACCUCUGUUACUCCCAUAUUAAAACAUCCCCCCUGACUCUGUACCUGUUUAUUUUUUAAGUUCUGUGAAUUUUAUUACAUCUCGUUCAUUUUGUGUGUUUAUUAUUUUUUUUACCAGGAAGGUUCUAAAAGUGUCUGAUUCUGUCCAUAAAACGUUUCCUUUACCUCUGAAUAAAAGUUUUUUCAAUGACCAAA